AUAUCUUUUUCUCUGAGAAAUUGUGAGUGAAGAAGGAAAGAGAUCAUGGCGGGAGGCGUGGUUAUUUCCUCCACCGGAGCGGGCAAGAACUACCCUGGUGGGCUCACUACGUACGUCGUCUUGGCUUGUAUCAUUGCCGCUUCCGGUGGUCUAAUUUUUGGUUACGAUAUCGGUAUUUCUGGUGGAGUGACGUCUAUGGACUCUUUUCUGAAAAAGUUCUUCCCCUCUGUGUACCGUAAGGAGAAUGAUGAUAAAUCCACAAAUCAGUACUGUAAAUUUGACAGUCAGGUUCUCACAAUGUUUACUUCCUCUCUGUACCUCGCCGCUCUGGUGGCCUCGCUUUGCGCAUCCACCGUCACCAGAAAAUUUGGUCGUAAGGUAUCCAUGUUUAUCGGAGGUUUAGUUUUCUUUGCCGGAGCUGGUAUCAAUGCAGGUGCUAAGAACGUAGCCAUGCUUAUCGUUGGUCGCAUACUUCUCGGUAUUGGUGUUGGAUUUGCUAAUCAGUCUGUGCCACUCUAUCUCUCCGAGAUGGCGCCUUACAAGUUUCGUGGGGCUCUCAACAUUGGGUUUCAACUUAUGAUCACUCUCGGCAUCCUCUUCGCUAAUCUGAUUAACUAUUUUACGGCUAAGAUUAGUGGAGGUUGGGGUUGGCGUGUGAGUUUGGGCGGCGCCGCGGUCCCUGCUGCCAUCAUCACCAUCGGAGCCAUUUUCCUUCCUGACACCCCAAACUCCCUGAUUGAGAGAAGAUCGUCAGAGGAGGCCAAAGAGAAGCUCCAACGUAUCCGCGGUACUCUGGAUGUGACCGAGGAGUUUGAAGAUCUGGUAGCUGCUUGCGAGGCGUCAAAGAAGGUGGAGCACCCAUGGAGAAACAUCUUGGAGCGCAAAUACAGACCUCAUCUCACCAUGGCGGUUAUGAUCCCCUUCUUCCAGCAGCUCACCGGGAUCAACGUAAUCAUGUUUUAUGCUCCAGUUCUGUUCAAGACUAUUGGGUUUGGUGCUAAUGCGUCGCUUAUGUCGGCUGUGAUCACUGGUUUGGUCAACGUUCUUGCCACAUUCGUCUCCAUUAUGUUGGCUGAUAACUGGGGUAGAAGAAAGCUCUUCAUGGAGGGUGGAAUCCAAAUGUUCAUCUGCCAGAUCGCAGUGGCAAUUCUGAUAGCGAUGAAAUUCGGGGUGAGUGGAGAAUCGGAUCAUCUGUCCAAGGGAUACGCCAUUAUUGUUGUGUUGUUUAUUUGCAUCUAUGUAUCUGGGUUUGCGUGGUCAUGGGGGCCUUUGGGAUGGUUGGUGCCGAGUGAGAUAUUCCCAUUGGAGAUAAGGUCUGCAGCACAAAGUAUCAAUGUUGCAGUGAACAUGACUUUCACCUUCAUCAUAGCACAGGUGUUCUUGACGAUGCUGUGCCACUUUAAGUAUGGACUGUUCUUUUUCUUUGCUGCUUGGGUCUUCGUUAUGACCAUCUUCAUCUACUUCUUAUUGCCGGAGACAAAGGGGGUACCCAUUGAAGAGAUGUCAAGAGUGUGGAAGCAACACUGGUUCUGGGGCAAAUACAUUCCUGAUGAAGAUGUGAUUGGGGGUUUUGAGAUGGAGACCGGCCGCCCAGUGAAGAGCGUUGACUGAUUAAUUUCUCCUUUUUUUAGGAGAAAUUGAAAAAUUUUCC